AUGUCCAGCAAUACAAGUCCCGAACGAGCGACUCCUGAGACACCGAAGCUGCGACCACUCUCGAUAGAUCGGCCCGACCCUGAAACACUGCGCGACAUCAUCGCCAAUGACCACUUUGGUGGCGAAAUGCCACCUUCCAUUGUCGAAGCGUGGGUGAUGGCACUACAGCCUGGCAGCCGUGUGCCGUUGCCUCCCAACGUGAAAGGAUUCUAUGGUGGAGACCUUAGGGCUUCCAUGCCUAUUGAAAUCGCCCGCGGCUCGUACAAGUUCAUUACACACGAGACUGCAGACAAGGAGAAGAUCGAGAAGUACUCGAGGCGCAUGUUGACGGCUUUAUCGAUUGUUGAUAUCGACGAGGUGUCUCGGCAUGAGCCGACUACAGGCUUGCUCACAUUGUGGCAUACGACUCUCGCGCUUGUGAGACUGCCCGACGCAGCUGGUGACCUGUUGCAAACAUUCAGACAGUACAAAGAGCUUCGGCCUAAAUCCUCGCUGCCGGACAGCAAAUUACCACUGCCAGACCGCCUAAAGGGUCGUCUUCUGAACAUUGCUGAGGAACUUGGAAAUACAGCUGCCGCGCAGCUCCUCUCGACACAAUAG